CUCUUCACAUCGACAACACACUGCGCGCAAACCAUGGAAAGAAGGCAGCCCAAUAGUCCAAACAAGCAACGUCAGCGAGUCGUCGGGUAGACACCGGGUCAUGUGUCCUCUUGCUACUCUAUGCAUCUCCCUAUCAACUCUGAGUACGCCAGCAACCGAAAUGGCUCGGCGAGCGGCUACGGGCGAGAGGCCAUCGAGAGGCAAUGACCUGGCGGCCUUGGGUGUGCAUCUCGCAGCUUACCGCUCGCUGCAAGUCUAUGCUUUUUGCCUUUCCGCCUUUUCUUCUUCGCGCUGGCGUUCUUCUCACGACAAUGCCCAUCAAGCCCCCUUGGCACACCACGGGUUAUCGAUCGUCCCCCGUGAACGGUGGGGGGCGAAGCUAGACCUCGCGCCGCCCAAUCCGCGUCUACCACGCUUCCCACCAGGCGAGGUGCUUGCCAACGCAUCAUGGCCCAAUCGCCGCCCCCAGCCCACCACCAACCCAACACGGCAUAUCCCUGAAAAUUGUCUGCCCCGACCAAUUGUCUGGGCUCCUUAUUUUCUCGUCCGCUAGAUUGGCUGCCAUUUCUCACCACCCAUCCCCCCGUUUUCCCACUCCUUCUCAACCAUUGGGUAUCUUGGUAU